CGAAGUGUGACAGAUUUGUCAAAAGUCAUAUGGCGGCAGGCGCUGUUCAUUCGUCACGGUCACAAUCACCUCGUCUUCGUCCCGAUCAUUAGAAGAGCAUCUCGCAUCACUUAUUCUCUUAUUUUUCAGCGAUAAUAUUGUAAUUCGCAUUAAUCCAAGGCAGCAAGAUGUCGGGUCGCGAAGGAGGCAAGAAGAAGCCGCUGAAACAGCCAAAGAAGGACGGCAAGGAGAUGGAUGACGAAGAUAUGGCCUUCAAGCAGAAGCAGAAAGAGCAGCAGAAGGCGAUGGAAGCCGCCAAGCAGAAAGCAGCGAAAGGUGGUCCUCUGGUAACCGGAGGUAUCAAAAAGUCCGGGAAAAAGUAGCAUGCCACAUGUGGAACUUUCAGAAAGUUUAUCGCCUAAGAUUCUCUACUUUUCUUGACUAAUUUUCGCCAUCUGCGAUGAUCAUCUAAGUUCUAUUGGUUUUUGUCUUUUAUGUACUCUAUGAAUACCAGCCCAUAAUAAAACACUGUCUACAUAUA